AUGUUGAAUCUUCCAAACCAUUUGGAGGAGGAGAUUCUCUCUAUGAUUCCUUUCAGUUCCAUGAGAGCAGUUCGCUUAACUUGCAAAAAGUGGAACACUUUAUUCAAAAGCCGGAGCUUUACAACGAUGCACAUCGGUAAACAAGAAGCAGAAGCAGAGAGGGAAUCAGGAGAGUCUCGGAUGGUCGUGAUGACGGAUCAUAAUGUUUGUUUAACGAGCGUCGUCACCGUCAACGAACAUGAAAAGCCAUCAACAAAGCCUCUAGGUAAACUUACUUGCCUAGACAAUGAACACGUCAAGAUCUCUCAGGUCUUUCACUGUGAUGGUCUAUUGUUAUGCGUAUUGAAAGACGACAUUACUAGGUUUGUGGUUUGGAAUCCGUAUCUAGGGCAAACAAGGUGGAUCGAAGCCAGAUAUUUUCACAGAAUGAAUAAGUACAAGUACGCUAUCGGGUACGAGGAUAGAAAAUCUUGUCGUAGCUACAAAAUCUUGAGGUUUAGGGAUGAUUCAGAUUAUUACGUCCAUUACCCUUACAACAAAAACCACCUUUCAUUGUAUGAUUCCUAUGAUUUUGAGUCUAAUCUAUGGAGGACUCAUUAUUUGAGGGAUCCUUUGACACUAGCGUUUUGUGAUCGUGGCGUGUCUCUCAAGGGAAACACUUAUUGGUGUGCUACAAACGGACUAGGAGAGAUCAGUCACACGGUCUGUUUUGAUUUCGCAAGUGAGAGCUUUGGAGGGAUUAAAGAUCUGCCUUUUAGUGUUCCGUUUGAUGAUAAAGAGCGUGUGGCUCUAUCUUGUGUGAGAGAUGAGAAGCUUUCGGUUUUAGUUCAGUCAAUGCAAACAUCUGUGAUAGAUAUAUGGAUUACGGAUAACAUCGAGGAAGAAAAAGUGUUGUGGAGCAAGUUCUUGAGAGUGGAUUUGGGACCACUCAAUGGCUUGAGGAUUUCAAAUGGGUGUUUCUUCAUUGAUGAGGAGAAGAAAGUCGUCAUGGUUAUUAAUAAAGAUAGAAAAGAAAGAUUAGAUACACUGAAGAUCUUUGGAAAGGAUGGAUUUAGUGAACUGGAACUCGGAGAACCUUCGGACAAAAAGUGUUGGCCGGUUAUGUGCUCUUACGUUCCAAGUUUAGUGCAAGUCAAGCUACCUGAAGGAGGCACAAGGAAUAGACAAAGGGAUUAG